GUCCUCUCCUAUCUCCGCAACACAUUGCCAUUGAUUUUAAAAGCCCACUCACUGAGUCCAUUCCCAAGGCUCGCAUCGAGUCCGACCUGUUCCUACAACGAGACACGCGCGAAAGCCACCCCACUCUCUCCUUUCCCUUUCACCCUCUCGCUCCCCUCUCUCUUUGUCUCGCCUCUUCAUCUCCUUCCUCGUCUCCCUUCUUAUAAUCACCUCUCUUAAACCAAUUCGACCCAGCAAAGGACACCAAACAUGGGACUGCAUACUCAAUUGACCGACGUACCUACCGAUUCGAUCCUUCUGCUGAUGGUGGCGCUCCUCGGCAUGGGCAUGCGUUAUCUCCGAUCCCUGCUCUCGGACCUCCUCGAGACGGUGGGCCUCUCCCGAUUCGUCGCCGACGAGGUCGACGAGGGUCUGUUCGGCCCCGUCGGCUCGGGGCUGACCAGCCUCAUCGUGCUAGCGGAGCAGCUCAAUUUCAACCGCGUCGUCUCCUUCCGCUACGGCGGCGACGGCGAUCCCGGCGGCGUCGGCGGCGACUGCGUGGUGUGCAUGUGCGCCCUGAGGGACGGCGAGCAGGUGCGCCGGCUGGCCUGCCGCCACGUCUUCCACAAAGAGUGCUUCGACGGCUGGCUGGAUCACCUCAAUUUCAACUGCCCCCUGUGCCGCUCGCCGAUUGUGUCGGAGGAGCGCGUCGCCGCCGCCGAGCGGCGCGUGACUGGCGACAUCCGCCGGUGGUUUCCGUUGCGGUGAGUGGCGCGUGGGUUGCCCGGGAUGGUUUUGAUUCGGUGAUCGAGGGUGAUCGUUGUGCUGGGGAUCGAUCAAUCGACCGUAUGACGAUGGUGAUGAUUGAAUGCGAUGUGAUACUGCGAUGGGCGUAGGCUUCUUUCUUUUUCUCUUUUUCGUUUUUUUUUUUCUUUCCUACAGUUUUUCAUGUGAAAAGUUUUGGUGGUUGAAAUAUUUGCUCUCACUCUUUAAUUAUGUGUUUCUUUUUGGAAGAACUCUUUAUGGGGUUCUUUUUACUGCUGUAAAUUUCAACUGUUUUUGAGUUUAAUAAAGAACUUGAGCUUUUAUA